AUGGGCGACUCAACAGCUCAGCCCACCGGCAAUGAAAAGAAAACUACACUGGAACACGUCCACCUCCCCCGCAUCACAAUCAAAUUUUGCACCCAGUGUCGAUGGAUGCUACGCGCCGCAUACUUCGCCCAAGAACUCCUCUCAACAUUCGGCACCGACCUGGGUGAAGUGGCCUUGGUGCCUAUGACCGGGGGUGUAUUCACGGUGACGAUAUGGCAUGAUACGGCCGGCCAGGACUCGGCACAGGAGAAUAUUCUGUGGGAUCGAAAGAGAGACGGCGGAUUCCCUGAAGUCAAAGCUCUCAAAUCCCUUGUACGUAAUGUCAUUGCCCCCGAGAGGGAUCUGGGUCAUACAGACCGAGCCCUGAAGGCGCAACAAGUUGAGCAGAAGGAGAAGACAACUGCGGCUGCGGCUGCGGCUGCGACUGCGACUGCGAAGGAAGAGAAUAAAGACGUGCCUUGCGAGGAUUGCCUAUAG